AUGGCUUCUGAAAGAUUCAAAUACGCAGAGACCAUCUUGGUUGGAAAAAAGCCCCUGGAAUCUACGGAAAUCAUAAGAUUACGGCUUUCCCAGGCAAAACUGAUAAACAAGGAAUUCUAUCUUUUGUUUCGCGAACUCUCGGACCUCAAGCGGGGCUAUGCCCAACAAUUGCGUAAGGUGAUUGCCAGAAAUGAAGAUCUUGAAAAGCUUUUACUUCAAGACAUGCUGGAGACUAAAGUGUUGACUGCAGAGGAGUUGCGCGACUUUCGAUUCGACUCCUUAGGACCCCUGAAGGAACUCUGGGCGGGCCUCUUUAGCGACCUAAAGCUUGAUCUCCAGUCAAGUACAGACUUGUAUCACACUUUAGAUCGCGACAUCAUCACCGAGCUCAGGGAAUCGGCAGAAAAGGAUCCGUUAUGGACUCAAAGCAGAAAGCUACACUCUAUGCUCGGUAAAAUAGCCACAGAGCACGACACCCUAACUAGGAGCAAAAGUGAGUCCUGGGCUAAGUUGCAGGAGAUUAACGAUCAGUGGGAUUCUCAGGCCGCGUAUCUGUUUGAGGUCUUCGAGGAAACCGAUUACAAACGACUUUUGAACCUCAAAAACUAUCUUUCAAAGUAUGAGAGUAGUAUCAGUGAUUCCCUGACCCAGAGGACACAUUUAUGCGAGAAAAACAUGUCUCGUUUGUUGGAUUUCGAUGCUGAUGCCGAAAUUGAUAGAUUUGCUAAGGCUGCCUCGACUUAUGACUUUAAUUUCGAAGUGCCCGCUCUUCCCUCUCCUACUGACACAUCGUCCAGUAUUUCCCAGAAUCCACAGACGCCUUCGGAUGCUCGCACCAAGCAAUUGAAAGCUACGAAAAGUGGCUCCGGAUCUCUUAGCGGACUCACAAACCGGCUUUCGUCUUCAGCUACAGUAGUUAAGCACGAUCUUAUGAAGUCGGAAUUCUCUAGCUCCGCUAACAAUGAUUCUCUGAAUCCAAAAAAAUCUCCCAAUAAACUGAAGUCCAAGAUGGGUUCGAUAUUCGGGAGAAAGAAAUUGAAAAACAAGAAAUCUGGCAAACUUCAGGACCACCCGAUUGCGGAGGACGAGAAUUCUUCUAUUAGGACAGACGAUUCUCCUGCUAUAGCUAACGGCACACCUUCUAAAAGUUCGGAUCAGCAGCCCCACAGAUCACGGGAAGGUCUUCAAAGAGGUGACUCAGGUUCCUUUGCUAGAUCGCAAAAGCCUAAAAUUAGCUCCACAACAUCUUCAUUGUCGAUCAAUCAACCUUCUUUGAAACCACAACCUAGAAAGAAAUCCAGUGCAAAUGAAAUUCCAAAAUCUAAUACUGAUUUGAGCGUUUCAGAAAAUACUGAUGGCGCGGUGCCUGCCGCCGUGAGUACCGCUCCGACUUCUGGUACGUCGUCUGACGUUCCCAAGACAAGCCAGCCUAUUCAUAUACAGGCACCUCAAGUUCCAGUUCCUCCCCCAUCUCGAAAAACUGGUCCAAUCAUGGCGCCAAAUGUCCCUCGAGAGUCCCACGGGUCUGUUCCAGCCCCCGCAUCAACUACGAGAAGAUCUGAUAUCCAAUCCAAACUUUUCACAGAUCUCUCUCAUGCGGACAUAGAUCCUCAGUACCAAAAACGUCAAUCUUCUAUCAGCUCUCAAAUGACUGGCGAGCUGAGAAUUUUGAACCCACAAACUACAGGAUCUUCUUUGUCAGUACCAACUGUAUCUGGCCAAUCUAUUUUCCAUCAUUCUGAAUUAACAUCUUUUGGGCUUAAUGCUAGUAUUGCAGAAGUCAUAAGUGCCACAUUUAAGGAAGGACUAUUGACAUCCUCACAGUUAAUAGGUGAAAUAGCUCUGAACUUUGUCGCGGAUAGCGAAGAGCUACCUAUUGAUAUUCGUUUGAGAAUGAAUAAUUUCCGAAAUGUCGAACGAGUCAUUGUCAAUCAAGCGUUCAUCGAACAAAUUGAGCCUGAAAUAUACAAGGUCAAUCCGCAAUUUAUCGAAAAUAAAACGUUGGGUGCAUUCAAGUAUGCUCUCAGCGAUCCGAUUGCUCCAAUUGCAGUUCAUCCUGUUUGGAGGUUUGAAGAUCAUCAGGCUAGCGUAGCUCUCACCCUCAGUAUUGCACCAACCAUCGACGAAUCAAUCGAAGAAAUAGUCGUGGAGGAUUUAAUAGUGUUUGUGUCAAUUGAAGGGGCCACGGCAACAAGCGCUCUGUCGAAACCUCAAGGCUCAUUUAGCAAGGAGAAGCGGAGAAUAACCUGGAGAUUCAAAGAACCAUUACUCCUCCGCCGAGGUGGGGAUGAAAGACUUAUCGCGAGAUUUUUAACUGACGGAAGGGCACUGGAGUCAGCUAAAGGUGUUGGUGCUAAGUUCACCUUGAGGAAUUACCAUUUAGGAAGUGCGCUUGAAUUGGAAGGUCAACAAGUUGAAGUUGCCGAUCCAUUUGCCGCCAAUGCCUCUUGGAGACCCGUGACUGCGAAAAGGACCUUGGUUGCGGGAAAUUACCUGGGUCUAUCGCAGUGA